AUGUUAUUUACCACGAAGAUCCUAGGUCUUGCGCUCACAUCAGCUUUAUUGCUUCUACCUUCGUCGCUUGCUUCUCCGGAAGAUCGACCUUCUCUAUUGGAAUAUCGAUCUUGGCUCCCUGAAAACACUUGCAUCUGCCCAUACGAUCCUCUCAUCCCAGAAGGUUGGCUCGAAUGCGUUGGUAGAUGUGCACAACAUGAAAAGCGAGUACAUCUCUCCACCAGAGAUUUAUCUCACCACACUCGACGAGUCUGUGUCUGUCCUGAGGAUGCGCCAAAUUGCCCCUGUCCACUGAUCCCUCCUCCCGACUGCUGUACACCAACGUACAAGCGAGAUGAAUUGACCAAUGUCAUGCCCGCUUUACACGCUCGAUCCUGUCCGCCCGAAGGUGAAAUCUGCCAUGUUGUUAAUGGUAAAAUCGAGUGUAUCCCUUGUAUUCAAGAAAGGAUCAUAUGCCCACAAUACAAACGUGCCGAAGCUGACGAAAGCUCCGCAAUCAUUUGUCUGGCUACCACAGAAGGAAAAAUCAGUUGUCCCUCUUGCCCUCGACCAUGUCCUCUUUGUCCACUCGCAGAGUCGAAGAGGGACACCGAAGCAACUAGUGCAUUAUGGUGUCCUCCUUGCAACCCUCCUUACCCACCUAAUUGCCCUCAAUGCUGGUACAACGCCUUCGGCACGGUCGUUUGUCCGCUCUGUCCGUUGCCUCCUGCGACGAGUACUAAACCCCCCAAGCCCACCAUCACCUUUUGCUCAUUGAGUAGGAAAUACUGCCUCGCUCAACCUGAUGGUACUUAUAAGUGUCCUGGAUGCGGACCAAUCCCGAUCGACGUUGAGGUGACCGAUAUCGCUGGAGCUGAUCCCACAGUGGCACCUGCCAAGUAA